AUGAAAAGACUUCUAGAUCUUCCUGUCGCGGUCUUGAUGGAUACAUUCGAGCUUUUCUGUCAGCACUGCCACCCUAUGUCACGGGCAUACUUGUUCUCCCAUGAUAACCUCCGAGAAUAUCAGUGGAAGUAUGCCUGCGACUUGGGUCCCUCUGAACCUUCGAGCCGUGUGGCACUCGCCAGCUUGUGUCGUACCAACAAGUUUCUUAAUUCAAUAGCGACUCCAAUCCUUUAUCAUUGGGCUCAUUUCCCAGAGGGGCAUUCCGACGAUGGCCGGAGCUUUGCCUUUUACCGCACCAUGUUUUUGGAGCGACCAGAUCUGUGUCAACAUGUGCGCAGCAUACAUCUUGAGGAGAAAGAACUUGGGGACCUGCCCUCAGAGCUCGCUGACGCCAUCCGCCACGAACUUGGAAUUGUUCCAGCUAAUCCGCCGAAAGCUUCGUCGGGAGGUUCAUUAAAAGAUCCAUCGGAGGAUUCGUCGGGAGGUUCAUUAAAAGAUCCAUCGAAGGAUUCGUCGGGAGGUUCAUCAAAAGAUUCAUCGGAGGAUUCGUCGGGAGGUUCAUCAAAAGAUCCAUCGGAGGAUUCGUCGCAUGUGCGGUUGAACAGUGACCCCGCUCCAUUUCGUUUGGGACAGAGAAUGACAUUGCCGACACUGCUGGCUGCCGACUGCAUAGGAUUACAAGAAAUAUGCCUCGAGAUCGAUUGUAUGGACGACAUCAUGGACUGCUAUCCGAUGAGAGCUCUCCCGCGCCUCAAAACUCUCAUUGUUACGAUGAGUGAAAGUGAAGACCAACUGGGGACACCAAGGCUGCAGGCAAUCUUUCGGGUCGCCCCUGGCCUCAAGGUCUUGAUUAUCUCGGAUCUUAGCUACUUCUUCCCAAGCAAUCAGUGGGCCAAUCUCCGGGAGUUGAUUCUGUAUGAGAGUUGCCUCGACAUUGAUGCCAUUCAGCUGCUCCUUCUGGCUUGUCCCAUACUCGAGAGUUUUGCUUAUGAGAUUGAUGUCCGUCACGAGUCUCCGAUUACUUCGCCACAUACAUAUCCCCGCGACCUCAUCAGAACAGUCUCUCGGUACACCAGGCGCACGUUCCGGUCAUUGAACCUAAACCUCUCCUAUUUCUGGUCAACAUGGUCCUUUGAUGAUCCAGCUGAAGCAAUGGGGUCAUUGCGGAGUCUGGAAUCGCUGGAGCAUCUUGAAUUGGGCCUCCAGAGUUUUCUAGGAGGCUCUCGCAUAGAAAGUGACGAAGACGUGCCAAGACGUCUACUUUCCUGGACUUUUCCGUUUAGGAUUCGUUCAGUCACAAUUGAAGUCGCCUGUGCGGUGCAGGCCAAGAUAUUGGGCCUAGCCCUUGACUACUUCAAGAGGGUCUGCAGAGAAGAAUGUCCUGAAUUGGAGACCAUUGUCGUUCGAGGCAUUUAUAGCGACUUCGAGAUACCCGGGGUAUCGCACUUAAUUUCGAGUUUUGAAGAAAUAGGAGUGAGUCUCAAACUGCGUCAUGAGCCCAUCCUGGUUCAGUAG